AUGUUAUGUUGUGGAUUUUGCUGCGGCAAUAUGUCGAAACGUGAUUAUAAGGUGGCCACAACGGAUGGCAUUGAACUGGAGCCAUUGGGAGGCGAAAAAAUUGACAAGGAAAAGGAAAAGGAUAAGGAAAAGCAAACGAAUGGCGUGACUUUCGGUGGCGAAUCGAGUGGUCGACAGACGCGUCAAGGAGUCGCUGUAUGCUCCCAGCGGCGCGCGCUACUGGUUGCUGGUAUCGUUUUAGGCUCGCUGCUGCUCACCGCGUUAAUAAUAGCCUAUGCUGGACCACAAAAUGAGAACGACACACAACCCUUCAAUCCGAUUGCGACGAAUGGCGAGCCCUAUCCAUGGCUGGAAUUGGCACUGCCAACGAGUGCGCGUCCUCUGCGUUACAUGGUGACAAUACAUCCCAAUCUGACGACGUUGGAUGUCAAGGGUCAAGUGACAAUUGAUCUUUUCAUGGAGAAGGAGACGCAUUUCAUAGUGUUGCACAUACAGGACUUGAAUGUCACGGAUAGGGCUAUUGUGACGUCAGGCAAUAAAGGUUAUGCCAUUAAAAUUGUCAAAGUGUUGGAGUAUCCACCACGUCAGCAACUAUACAUCGAAGUGAAGGAGAAACUGAAGAAAAAAUUAAAUUACACGCUCAACUUGCGUUGGUAUUCGAAAUUAAGUCCGGAGCCGGAAGGUUUUUAUGUGGAUCAAUAUGAAAGUUCAAAUGGGCUCGAACGUUUACUAGCAGCUACAGUAUUUCGGCCGAAUAGCGCGCGUCGCGCUUUCCCUUGCUUUGAUGAGCCGCAAAUCCGCGCGCCCUUUCGAAUUUCCGUUUUUCGUGAUCGCUUCCACAUUGGUCUUUCCAAUUCGAUUGUGCACACCACAGAAGAUGUCGGCUUUUACAUGGGCACGGGCUUGUUACGUGACGACUUCAUUGAGACGCCACCACUUCCCGCCGAUGCAGUCGCUUGGGUGGUGAGCGACUUCCAGCGCGAAUCAUUGCAGCCUUCGCCAGCCUAUUUGCCCACCACACCCGCGCCGCCAGGUACUGGGUUGAAAAAGUCUACGCAGCUCAAUAAUUACACCCAGUUGAGGGAUAAGAAACCACCAGUGCGCAAUAUCACCGCGCUAACCCAUUCAUUGAACAUUAAUCUGAUGAAGAAUGCCACCACAACGACAAUUGCGCCCACUGCCGAAACGAAUGGCAAGAAUUUCACAUCGUUGAGCCAGUCGACGGGUUCGCUUAUCAAGCGCGCACCCUCCUACACCUUCUAUGCGCCACGUGAUCUACUGCCACGCUCAUCUUUUAUACUACACACAGCACGUGACGUAUUGGAGCAUCUUCAGACCUGGUUAGACAUAUUAUAUCCGCUGACGAAGGUCGACUUCGUGGCGUUGCCCUCUCUGGAUCGCAACAUUAUCUCCUCGUUGGGCUUGGUUACAUUGAAGACCGCUUUUCUAACAGAUCCUGACUCCAUUACAACAGAAGAAUAUCAGAAGAGCGCUUUGCAAGUGGCUGAGGCCAUGGUGCGACAAUUCUUUGGUGGUAUUACAUCAAGAAAGGUGCUGAAGGAUGUGUGGCUAUGGGAGGGACUCAUCAAGUAUUUGGGCAUACAUUCGCUUUCACCGCAAAAAACCAAUUGGCCGUUGAAGGAAAUGUAUUUGCUAAAGAUGGCUACUGCGGCCUUAGAUAUUGAUGCCAUACAGGGCUGGGACAGCAUUAUGAAUGGAACCAAGCAUGAUGGGAACAAUGAAGAGUUCUUCAUACAAAAGACCGCUGCCAUAUUUUCAAUGUUACACACCGCCAUUGGAGAAGACCGUUUUCGGGGUUGUCUCGGUGCUUUUCUAAAAAUAAAUCGUUUUAAAACUGCCGAACCCACUGAUCUUUGGACAAUUUGCACAAAGAAAGCGAAUGGUUCCAAGAAUAUCAAAGACAUGAUGACUUUAUGGACACAUCAACCGGGCUUCCCUCUACUAACUGUUACCAAACUGGGCAACAGUGUAUCCAUAUCACAAAGACCUUUCAAGCCGGCUGAAUUUCUUGCCAUACACGAUGAGACUUAUGACGGCAACAACUACAACAAAACAGUGGUGAAUGUCACCCAGGCGCCGAGCACAGUGGCGCCAGCGACAACGGGUAAAAAUAAGCAGCCCACGCAUAUGAAAUGGAUAUUCCCAAUCACUUACAUAACCGACAUUAAUAAUGUCAGUGAAACGUUAUGGCUGCAAAACAUUGAUGUCACCUUCAAUGUGCCGGAGAACGUAAAAUGGAUCAAGGUAAAUGCGCUGCAAUCAGGCUACUACCGCGUGCUGUAUAACGAUGAUAAUUGGGCCAACCUAAUUGAGGAGCUCUCAAACAGCCCCGACAAAUUUUCCAGUGAGGACCGCAUUGGUCUGCUGUCAGAUUCCUUUACACUGUGCCAUGCCAAUUUACUACCCUGUGAGAUCACCAUGAAUAUGAUACAAUAUUUACCCAGUGAAACGAAUUGGGGUCCAAUGGCAGUGGCGUUACGGCAUUUGGAAAAAUGGCGACGCAUACUGAAGUAUUCAGAAUGCUUCCUGAUGUUGUCUGAAUUUAUUAAAAUGAAAUUGGCCACCGUCAUUGAGAAAAUCGGUUGGAACGAUGACGGCGACGAGGCUAAGAGACUCAUGAGACCCGAAGUACUCUUAAGCUCAGUGCUCUGGGAAGACAUCGAUAGCAUAACAAAGGCGAAAAAUAUGCUCAACCAAUUUCUUUAUUACAACGGCACGGCGAUACCGCCUAAUCUGCGAGAGGUGGUCUAUACCGGCUCCAUACUCUCCGGCGAGUACAUUUACUGGCAACACUGCUGGGAACGUUUCGUCACACUGCAACGCACAUCGGAGAGUUUCGUCGAGCGCAUGCAAUUAUUGCGAGCACUGGGCCGCACCAAAGACGCUUGGCUGCAAAAUCGCUUGCUCUCGCAUGUAACUAUGCUGCCAACCGUCGAAGUAGUGCAGGUGCUGCAGGCCAUUGCCGGCACACCGACGGGCGGCGCAAUGGCGUGCCGCUUUCUACAAGCCAAAUGGUUCGAGUUGGAAAUGCGACUAGGCCAUGGAACGAUUAGUUUUGCUAAAGUGAUAUCAGCGAUAACACAAUACGGAGCGACGAAGUUCGAUUACGAUGAGCUUAAAUCGCUGGUGCAUCGCUUUGGACGCGGUCCCGGCAUGGAAGUGCUAAAUAUGACACUCAGUAGUGUGGCAUCCAAUGUGGAGUGGGUGGCGCGCUCUCAAACGUCGCUGUAUAAAUGGGUGGAGAGUAAUUUGCAUUCGCAUUGAUUCAGCAAAACAGCAACACGCAAUAACAACAAAAUAUUAAGAUUUUUGAUUUAAAAGAUUUUCGUUCAGUUAUAGAGUUUCUCAUCAAACAAGACUUCGUUCAAAAUCAUUGUAAUGGACAUGCGCAACUAACAAA